AUGGGUAACUACCUAAAACAGUACUUUGGAUUUACAAUUGUUUUCUUAACUCCAACAAUUUUGAUGUUAUGGCUUUCUAUCAGGUUGCUCACUCUACAUUCCCAACAGGCAUAUCGAUAUUUAAAUGAACUUUUAUUCUCAUUCUUUAUGCGAACCUUUCUAUUUAUAUUUGGAUACAUGAAUGUCAGAAAGAUAUAUGUUUACGGCGACGUCGAUUUUAUCAAAAGGAAAAAUGAGAGAGUUUUAUUCAUCUCAAAUCAUUUGUCUAAAGCCGAUUGGUUCAUUUGUUCCAUGCUUAUUUUAUAUCAAGGUGUGUUGGGAAGAACAAGGUUUGUGCUGCAUAAAAAUCUCAAAUAUACACCGAUUUUUGGAUUUUACCUUUCCCAGGACUCUUGCAUAUUUGUUGACCGAAGUAAUUUUGACGCAAAAGCCGCUAUCAGCACACUAAAUGAUAUUAAACAACUUCAGUCUAAUACUUGGAUGGUUAUUUACCCUGAAGGUACGAGAUACAAUCCAUGGAAGCACGAUGUGAUUGAAGCUUCGCAAAAAUUUGCCGUUGAAAAAGCUGGUAUUAAACCGUUCAAGCAUGUUUUGGUUCCAAGAAGAAGAGGUAUUCAGUUGAUAUUAAAUCAGAUGCAUGAUUGUCUUGAUGCCUUGUACGAUGUGACAACUGUAUUCGCUGAUGAAAAUGGUUAUCCAUAUGAUCAUUCUAUACCUGCACCAGGUUUGGGAGAUUGGUUAGUAAGACAGCGAAGUUUAUACAUCUAUUUGAAACGUAUACCAAUACAGCAAAUCCCAUGUGAUAGUCAGUCAAUCACUAAAUGGCUAUAUGAGCGUUAUAGAAUAAAGGAUGAUUUUAUUGAUAAUUUACAAACAAGAUUCUAUAAAUCAUCUCAAACAUUGCAAAAUCACAGUCAUACUAAUCAUCAAAAUACCGUCGAGUCGAUAACAACACUGAACAAUUAUGAUGUGGAUUAUAAUAAUAAUAAUAAUAAUAUUAAUAACAGUAGUAAAAAUAUCCGAUGUUUACCAAAUGAUUUACUAAUAAUUAAAAAGAAUUUUCUUGAUUGUUUCACCAGUGAAAUGUCUAAACAAUGCUUAGAACUUGAACAAUUUCACCUUUUCGAUUUCUUACCAUAUGCAAUAUUGUUUUAUGGUAUUACAAUUUAUUGGAUUAUUGGAUUUGGUUGGUAUGGUAUAAUGAGUUAUUUAACUGCAGGUUUAAUUGGAACUAUUGGUGGUCAGCUAUAUGUGCAUUUCGCAAUUUAA